CUCACCCGCGAAAUGACGCCUACACAACUUUUAUUUAUUUACAAAACCCGCGUGCAGUGAACUUUGACUUAAAUCUACGAGUUUAAAAAUCAAAAAUGGAUUUAAGAGAGAUAAUAAAGUGGUUCAUACCAUGUUUUCAUAGAUUAUUAUACAAUUUUACGAGAAAAUUCAACGUGUGUUUGACUUUUGCUUGUUUGUUUUUACUUUUUUUCGCUUGUCCUAGUUUUGCGGCAAAGGUGAACCGUGAUACGGACUCAAGUUUAGUUUUUAGUAAUAAUAAUUUAGUUAGUAAAUUGAAUCAUACCAAAAAUGUAGGCUUAAAUAAGAAUGAAAGUUUUAAUGGAGACCAAAGUGAUGUUUAUUUAAGGAAUGCAGGAAAUUUUAGUUUACCGUUAGUGGAAGACACUUCUGUAGGUCGCACCUUCGGACGGCCCUUCAAGAAGAUGCUGCAAGCCAUGAUACCCCUCGCCUUCAACCUGGGAGCCGCCGCCACGUGGGCGGUCAUCGCGGCUCUCGUAGGCAUCAAGACACUGGCUGUCACGCUGUUCAUCGCCAAGAUGCUGAUAGUGGCGGGCGCUGCCAAGCUUGGUGCACUAUUUGCUUCGAAGGGACACCACCAUCAGAGUUAUCAAGGCCACGGGUGGACUCCGCAGCAGAAAGAAAUCCACUUGCACAUUCACAAUAACGGCUAUCAGGGUCACGGAACGGAACACGAAUCAAUUAUUUCUCCGUGGAGUAGAGAAGGUGUUCAAGAUGUUCCAGUUCCGAAUCAACCGGAAUCUAAGCCCGUGAACGUAGCAUACAACCCGUACGUUGCCGGUCCGCAAACCAUUAGCACACCGUAUGGAAACUACAUGAGAAUCGAACCUGGACAGCAACCACAACGAACAGCUUAGCUUGAAUUCAACAAUCCAAAGGUCCUAACUAAAAUAAUAACGAUCUGUGUUUCCUACCCAUUACAAUCCGGGUAUCUUUAAAACAAGAGUGAAUAGGCACC